AUGGCUAAUUUUAAUUCCGGGAAAAUUCCAACUGAUUUCCCCAUGACCAAUAUUUACAAUAAUGUCAUGGUUUAUUUCAAGAAAAACGAAUCGAAUGAAUGCAACGAUAACGAACUAGGAACAGGCACCCUUUAUGUUACUAUAGACAUGACAGUAUGGAUCAAAAAAAAUGGUGAAGGAAACGGUUCCCCAUUCUACUUGAGUGAUAUUAACGAAGAGUCAAAAAAGGACGAUACUAUUUUUGCUAAGAGGGUACUAGACAAACUGGAUGAGGAGAAGAAGGAAAGGAAAAAGCAGUAUAAUGAACUCAAAAAUGAGUUUAAGAGAGUAGAAGAAAAAAACGCAGAGCUUGAAAGAGAGGUGGAAAAAUUCAAAGCGGAAAUCGAAGUGAGGUGCUGUGGAAGCAGCAUUAACCGGAACGAGUUGGAGAAGAAGGUGGAAGAGAAAGAUGAAAAUAUGGAAAGUGUACUAAAUACGCUAAGAAAGGAUAUAGAAAGCAUUGAAGAUAAAAUGAAGAAAGUGUCCGAAAUAACAGGGGAGAUUGCGGUAAAAGAGAAUAAAAUUGACGAGAUCGUAAGAUGGAAAGAAGAUAUUGAUAAAGAAGAAAAGAAGAAUAACUUGAUAAUUUUCGGAUGGGAUAGCAGGGGUAUUGUAAACAAAGAGCAAGUCUCAAAGUUUUUCACGGAAGAGUUAGGGACAAGUGUCACACCAGAAGACAUCGAUGAGGUCAAAAGUAUAGGAAGAAGUGAGAAUAAGAUGACUUGGGUUAAAAUGAAGACGUUGAAGAACAAAAAGAAGAUCUUCGAGAAUAGAUGGAAGCUAAAGGGGAAAAAAAUGUUUAUUGAGAAUGACAGAACGAAAAAGGAAAUAGAAGAUCAAAAAGAGCUCGCCAGAAAGGCGUACAUAGCCAGGCGAGAAGGAAGAAAGGUUAAAGUGGGAUUCCAGAAAAUGUGGAUAGAUGACGAGCUGUGGUUGUGGGACGGAAAAGAGAAACUGCUGAGAAGAACAAGAAAAGGAGAUCAGUAA